AUGGUGGCCAUGGACGCUGGCCACCUCAAGGGUUCGUGGAAGGGAGUCAUGUACGACGUCCUCUGCAUGCACGAAAGCAAAAACAAGAUCAUCCACGUCAACACCGUACUCGCAGACAAGGAGAACGCGACGAACUACAAGUUCCUGCUCCAGCAGACCUGCCGGAACGAGCACAUGCAUCGACUUCUUUCGUCCGGCGAGGUGACGUUCUUCAUCGACGGUCACAAAGGAUCACCGGCGGCCCUCAGGGCGGUUGUACCGCAAGCGCCAUGGAGUGCGUGCGUGAGGCACCUCAUCACCAACAUUAACAUGAAGGCAAUGGGACACAACCUACCCUACGAAGAGCCCCAGUUUCACCGAGCAUUGAUUUCUAAACCCACUUUCCUCGUUUAGUUUUGUUUCCUCUGGGAAGUGGGGAGGGUAGGAUUGUUGACGGACAAGCAAGAAAAAGCUGGGAAACGUUGCAUUUUUCGUGCGCUUUUUUUUUGGCAGGAGUUGGAUUUCUAAGCCGACCGUCUUUCGCGUUUCGCCUGGAAAGUUCAGGAUUGGGGUCGAGGGUCCGUGCGUACGCGCGCACGUUUCAAUUUAUCUUGAAUCUUGGUCAAGGCACAAAAGUGUGCAAGUACAAAUUAAAACUCACGCGGUUACCGCUGGUUCAGCGCUCACUUUUAAUGAAUUGGAAAGAGGUACUGGGUAGAGAGACCGGGAUGGUUUUGUAAAGUGAAGACAACAACAACAACAACAACAACAAUAACAACCGCGGGUAGGUACCGUCUUCGACUACCCCACAAACGAGUUCUGUGAGUUCUGUGAAGGUCGCGCCGCAAUACCCGAUAGUUCUGUGAGUUCUGCGACAGACCCAGUACCCUACCGAACUUUCUGUGACAGCUCGCUUACAGAACUCGAAGGUUCUGAAAGUUCUGUGACGGCGCACCACAAUAUCCUAUAGUUCUGUGAGUUCUGUGAAGGUCGCGCCGCAAUACCCGAUAGUUCUGUGAGUUCUGCGACAGACCCAGUACCCUACCGAACUUUCUGUGACAGCUCGCUUACAGAACUCGAAGGUUCUGAAAGUUCUGUGACGGCGCACCACAAUAUCCUAUAGUUCUGUGAGUUCUGUGAAGGUCGCGCCGCAAUACCCGAUAGUUCUGUGAGUUCUGCGACAGACCCAGUACCCUACCGAACUUUCUGUGACAGCUCGCUUACAGAACUCGAAGGUUCUGAAAGUUCUGUGACGGCGCACCACAAUAUCCUAUAGUUCUGUGAGUUCUGUGACAGAACCAGCACCCUACCGAACUUUUCUGUGAGUUCUGUGACAGACCCAGUACCCUACCGAACUUUUCUG